AUGGCAAACGUGGGCGCUACCUCGGAAGAUGCCAUAAUUCGACGGAAAUUACUUGUCGAGGGCGAAAGCGGGCUGGAUGACAGAAGAUUUGGUGUUUUGCUUAAGGAGUACUUACAUUGGGUCACUUCCGAUGAUACACCUGAAGCAAGUGAUGCUGCGUGUCAAACAAUAUUAGAAAAAAUUUUCCAAUGUGAAAAUGCUAUGGAGCAAGCUCUCCUAAUCCAGUUGAUGAACAUGGAGCAAUCAAGUCGAUAUUCCGAACUUUUGGAAGAAAUUGGUAAAUACGCAUUUACACAAGAUAAACAGCUAGAUAAAUCCAUUGAGGCGGCUCGCAUUGACAUCACAAACCAAAGGGAGCGUCUGAAGGAAGCCAGAGUUAUCCGCAAAAACCGCCAAGAGUAUCAUAACCUGGCCAAGAUUGUACAGGAGUACCCAGAGAGGCAAGAGAGUUUAAGAAAGCUUCAAAAAAUGCGGAUUGAAUUGAACAACCUCGAGAGCAUCAACAGAAUGUACGAUGACCGCAUCGAUCUCCGGAAGAAGCAGUUCCAUCUAUUUCUUGUUGCUCUCCGCGACUUACAAAAGCUGGUUGACCAGGAUGACCCGAUUACCGAUCCGGAUGACCAAAAGAAUGUUAACAUUGAUGAUGCAAUGGAUACGUCUUAA